AUGGAUUUUCAUUGUUUAGGAGGAGCUUCAGGCAUGGGUCUGGCUCUGACCACGCGAUUCGCACACGCCGGUGCUCACGUCACCAUCGCGGACUGCCAGUCACAACUCGGCACGCAGGUCGCGGAUGAGCUAUCCUCGAAGGGUUACACGGUGUCCUUUGCACAUUGCGACGUGCAAGACUACGACAGUUGCCAGGCUGCGUUCAAAGAGGCAGCUCGGUCGUCUGACAGUGGAUGCCUCGACGUCGUGGCUCUCAUGGCGGGCGUGUUGGGAGAAAAGGGAAGUUCGGUGGAACAAGUGGUUCGGGCGAGUGCCGUCGUCGAGGACACAAAACAAGGAAUCAAAAUGGACGAGGAAGAACAAGAAGGAGAACAGAAUCAAGAUCCACCUAGACCUGGACACAAGGCUAUCGACGUCAAUCUUACGGGACUCUAUGAGACGACGUACUUGGCCUUGUGGUAUCUGUCAACGACCCAUCGAGCUCUAUCAGUAUCAGGCAUCAAAAUUAUCCGCCAUAGAAGCCUCGUGGAUCUCAACAUCCGUGUCAACAUGCUGGCUCCGUCGUUUGUGUGUACGCCGUUGGUCCCACCUGCAUUGGCUUUGCUUGCGAAAUCGGGUGUUGAACCGGGCAAGGGUUUGAACUUUGUGGAUAUCGAGAGUGUCGUCGAUGUUGCGAUGAGAUUUGCAGUGGAUGAGAACCUACAUGGACGGGCGUGGACGGUGGUUGCAGGGCCAAAAGGGACUGGAGAACCAUCCAAGGAUAACGAUACUGUGCGUGAUUUGUGUGACGAUGAGGAUGGGUUGUGGGGAGGACAAGUCUUGGGGGAGAUUGUGAAGAUGAAGAAGGAUGAUGGUUGUAUUCUAUGA